CUCUUAACGGAACGGUUCACCAACUCCGGAAUGCGGUUCCCUCCGAGAUCGUAGUGCUAGAGUGAUAGAGUGCUAGAGGACCCACACCAAUCCUACCUGCAGGUGUUUGGCGCCAAGUUGCCCAAGAGAGACAAAUUGUUUAUCUUGUGUCAAGUGCUGCAUGGCCACCCACUUUAGCUCCAGUGAAAGUUUGUUGUCGCCAUCGCCAUCGCCAUCACUAACGCCAUAGCCGUUGCCACUCCGGUGGCGUUUUGUGGCUGCCGUCUGUGGAAAGUGCCUAACCGAAAAGAGUUGGAUCCGUGCGGUUUCGGGGAGCCGAAAUCGGAUGACAUUAUCUCCCAAGAGCCGCGGGUCUGGUUCUACUGGGUCUGGUGGUCGUCGGAGCCGAGUGGAGGUGAAGUGGCAUGCGGCCGGGCGACUCGACUCGGAAUUAAAAGCAGCGGAACAAGGCGUCGCACCUUAGGCAUGCAUCUUUAAUCAGGCCCCAAUGAAUUUCCGCGCGAAAUGUUUACGGCCUAUGAAUAAGCAAUGAAAUAAGCGCUCCCAGGCAUUUGUCAUUUGGCAAAGUGAAAAUUGAAGUGACUGUGAAUAUAGCGACAAAUAGCGACAAAUUGCGACAAAUGUGCUCCAGCACCUCGGAUUAAAGCAAGUCUAGGCAAUCUAGGCAUAAUUUCUUCUUAACUAGUCACCGUCACCGCAACAAAAGCAACAAAGGAUGGAUGCCAAAGCUGGCUUAAGUGCGCUGGAGGAGAGGUCCCUGAAAGGUUCAGAGAAACUUAAAAUGCUGGACAUCACUCGCGACAAGCCGGUCAAGGUGGCCGUCAAAGUGGCGGUUCCUGUGCGGGAUCACCCAAAGUUCAAUUUCGUGGGCAAGCUGCUCGGACCCAAGGGCAACUCGAUGAAGCGCCUGCAGGAGGACACGAUGUGCAAGAUGGCCGUCCUGGGACGCGGCUCGAUGCGGGACCGCCGGAAGGAGGAGGAGCUGAGGGGCAGCGGCGACAGUCGCUACGCCCACCUCUUCGAGGACCUGCACGUGGAGAUCUCGACCUUUGCGGCUCCGGCGGAGGCACACGCCCGGAUCGCCUACGCGCUGGCGGAAGUGCGCCGCUUUCUGGUUCCGGACUACCACGAUGACAUCCGCCAGGAGCAGAUGUGGGAGAUGCAGGCGCUGACGUCCACGCCCGCACUGGGUGCCCACUCGCUGGAGGACUCGCAGAGUCCCACCAUCAAUACCAGCAACCAGGUGGGCGGUGGCGCCACCACCUCCUCCUCCAGCGGGGCCAGUGGGCGUGGCCUGGGCGGCGGACUGGCCGACAUGGACACGUCCAACGAUGACAAAUCGGACGAUGCCAGCGGCAUGGAGUGCCUGUCCGCAGUCGACAAGCUCGACUGCUCGUCCAGCUGCGCCAGCCUGGGAAUCAGCGGAAUCACGACCAUCAGCACGACCAGCUCCGAGCAUCCGCAUCCGCACCAGCACCAGCACCACACCCACCUGCACCCCGCACACGCCCACGGAAACCAGCAGCAGCAGCAGCAGCAGCAGCAGCAACAGCAGCAGGUGCACCACCACCAGCAGCAGCACCACCAUAGCCAUAGUCACAGUCAUAGCCACCAGGCGCACUUCCACCAGCUGCUGCAGCAGGCCCACGGCGGAGCAAGUGCCGCGGCGGCGGCUGCCUGCGGGGAGCAUCUCUCCGGACAGGCGACUCCUACGACGGCGGCAGCACUGCACACCACAGCCAUGGCAGUGGCACUCCAGCAUCAGUUGACAGCCGCAGGAAUCGGUGGACUCCUGAAGCCGGCCACCGGGGUGGGGGCCACCAUGGCCGGCCUGCCCACCACCCAGGCGGGAGUGGGAGUGGGCGUGGGCGUGGGUGCCGCCGCCCUGCAGUUGUCCGGCGACGGGGAGUCAUCCGGAUCGACGCUCACGCUGCUGGAGCCACCGGGCACCGCCCUUCUGCAUCCCGCUCUGCGCAACGUCAAGACCAUCAACAUAGGUGGCGGAUUGGGAAGGAAGCGCCCGCUGUUGGGAGUUCCCCGCUCCGGAAUGAACCCCACCAAGCGGACGGUGAUGAGUCUGCUGGCCAGGGCCAAGAAUUCGCAGGCGCUGCACUCGGUCCGCCAGCCGAUGGUGACGGCCACCAGUUUCGCUGAACCCUUGCAGAUGCUGGCCUCGCCCUUCAUCAUUCCGCACCAGGCGGUGGACCAGCCGAUCCUGGCGCUAUCGAAGGAGGGCCUCGCCCAGGGCGUCUAACCCAGUGACCUGCUCCACUUGCGGCUGCCCAGAUAGACCAAUCUGACCGAAUACCACCUGCCCCGCCUCCCAGCAAGAAUCUCGAGGGGAUUACCCAAUAUUACUAAGCGAUGUUGGCGCAGCUGAUGCGCACUUUCCACGUAGUAAGGCUAUACCGAUCUUUAGGGACUAACUGUGAACUUAUCCGAGCGAAAUCUCGAGCUCGUGCUACACGAUUUUAUUUUUUACAGAGAAUAAACGGAGCGUCUAUUUGCAA